CAAACAGCGUUCAAAGUAGAAAGUAGUAGUGGCAGAGUUUUCAUGCGAGUGCGAGGAUGGGUACAGCCAGCAAAGACUAGUAUGAUGGUGAAAAACUCUGUGAAAGCAGUUCAACGUCGAUUGGAUCUCUUUCAAACACAUCAAGAAUAUCUUCAAAUGCUGGAUGGCGAAGCAUUGUUUUUGAAAGCCUGCGGUGUCAAUGCAGACGACGUUCGCGGGGCAGCUCAACAUGUUCGUAAAGCUAUUGCCGAUUCACGAAAGAUUCACCUCAAAAAAAGAAGUAAUAUUGACGAUGACAGUGAUGCAUCGAUGGAUGCAGAAAGCAUCAAUAAUAGAAGAUGAAUUGGCCGUGCAACCAUGUUAUAGAACCAUCAGGCAGAAAUUACACAAAAGUUAUGUUUGCAGCCAUAGCAGUAAUCACGCACCUUAUCAUCGAUCCAUAUGCUUCAUAUCCGCGGUGUAUUCCCUUGCAAUGAGCAAGGGCAACAACGCAUACCUGACCAUCCUCAUAUACAUGUAUAAUCACAUAUUGACUGCAACAUUUUUUAUUUUUUUUAUUUGCAAGGAUUUCUGUAGCCAACUAUGGAUAUUUUGGUUGACUUGUAGGGUAGGAAAUGUUGUAUCUUGAAUCGAGCUAUUGUACAUUGUGAGAGGAAAAUAUAUUGUGCGGCGAAUAUGAUGUUGGCUUAAGGGGGUUGCACCUUGUU